AACAAAACAACGCAGCACAAUAGCAAAACCACUUCAUUUCUCACUCAAAAUUAUUACACCGACUUGAAAGGUGUACAAAAAAGAGCAGCUUUUUGACUGCAGCUAUUUAAUAAAUAAAUAAAUAAAUAAAUAAGAUAAAUAAUUUAAUAUUUAUUUAAUUUUUUUAGGCGAGAAAAAAGUAAACAAAAAGACAUUUAAUUGCAAUUAAGUAUUCUGUCUGUAGUUUGUUUAUGGUUAGAAAAAUUGCCCUUUCUGUCAAUUGUGUGUAUAAAUAUGUAAAUACGUACGUGACAUUUUGAAGGUUGUUUAUUUAUUUACCUAAUUACAAUGCCAGCUUGUUGCUGAAUCUACACAAUUUUAUUAGUGUUUAAAAGCUAGUUGUGAAUGGAUAAGCAGAGUCGGAUUUGCUGAUCGACUUACUGGCUGUGUACUGAUGGGGAAACGCAAUGGAUAAGCAAGCAUUAUUAUCAACAUCGCAGGCUAUUUUUGGAACAGAAUUGUGAAAGUCAUCCAACAAUGGUCAAGGGCUGAGGACAAGAGUAAUCAAUUUGUUUAAAUAUGAAGUAGUUUACAAUCAAAAGUUUAAAUUGUGAGGACAAUGGAAGUGAAAAAGUGAAGAACAAUGCGUCAUGAAAGGAAGAAAUUUGUUAUUAUAGGAGAUAAUACAAAACCCUACUACGACGAUAAUAAAUAACAAAGUGUUCAAUUGUAAAUUGGGUGCCAAACAAGCCAAACGACGACAAUGUCGAGAGGAUCGCCCAACCAGAGAAAGAUGAUGGAAGGAGGAACAUUAAAUCGUUCCGGAAUGGUGGAGCAAUUUGAAGCAAUGAAAGAAGAUUACGACGCUUUGCGCCAGCGGUACGCAGAAUUAAUGGCUUCUCAUGCCGGGACCGUGCACCAAUUAGAACUUGCAAAGGAAGAGCUCAGUCACAUCAAACCUCUCCACGAUACGGCGAGCAAGGAGAGAAGCGUAUACAAGCAACAAUGUACCUCAGCAAUACGGCAGUGGGACACAGCCCUUAAGGAGCGCACUGAAUACAAAGAAAGUCUCGCCAAACUUCAACAACAACAUGACGAAGCCAUGAAGGAGAUUAACCAAUCCAUGGUGCAAAAAAUUAAAGCCAACAAAGAAAUUAAACGAUUGACUGAAGAAAGCCAAGCUGCUCAUCAGGAAUACGCCUUAAUAAUGAGUGAGCGCGACUCGGUGCACAGGGAACUGGAAAAACUCACCGAUGACCUGGCCGGGUCAAAGAAACAAAUUAAAAAUUUGGAAACUAUUAACAAAGAAUUGCAAGAAAAAUUGGCAGCUGCCGAAGGUGAAGCGUCGAAAGAAGCCGAUGUUGCAAAGAUGAGAAGAGAUUGGGCGUUUAGUGAGCGACAUAAAAUAGUCCAGGAGAGGGAAAGCUUGCGAAUACUGUGUGACCGUCUCAGAAAGGAGCGAGACAGGGCCGUGUCGGAUUUGGCUGAGGCGCUCAGCGAGUCGGAAGAUAUUAGGAAACAGAAGAACCUAGCCUCAAAGCAGCUCAAGGAGUUGAGAGAUAAAAUGGAAUUUGAAAAGGAAAAUCAUCAAGCGCUCAGAGUUCAGCAAUAUUUCUCCAAUUCGUCCAGUUUCUCUGAAUCUAGAGAUUCCGCAAUUGAUUCAGAUAUGCCGUCAGGACAUUACAGUAUUAAGCUGCCAAACGGUCGCGGAGCGGAUCACGGUUUAGUUUUGGAACCUGGAGUCUACAUUAACAGGAUUAUUCCAGGUUCUCCAGCUUCAAAAGAAGUAAAUUUGAAUGUUGGAGAUCGAGUCCUAUUUAUCAAUGAUGCCCCAAUUGAUAACGUGCAAGACGCAAUCCUCGCCCUUUCCGAAGACAUUGACCCCAUAGUACUCACCUUGAGUCGAAGCGCUGGCCAUUUAUCAAGUCCAAUCAGCGCAAGUAAUGCGCCAAAUAGGAACAAAAACCUACUUCAUCCUUCAAAGGCUUCUGCUCAUGCGUCAAGUUCCUCCCUACGGUCAGAUAAGUCUGAUCCUAACAGUGUUCUUUCCGACGGCAGACGUCAAGCUGGUGGUGGAUCAAAGUCAGGUUCUGGCGGACUCCGAGAUAUUUUCCGAGUAAGACUUCCUAGAAAGAAAUCUUCCCCAGAGGAAGAAAUCCUCGCCACUUUGGACACUUUGGAUUCAGCCAUUGCUUCCGGCGCGGGUGGAGGUGGGGGUGCGAGUCGAAAGAAGAGGAAUAAACGAGUCUCCUCCUCGAGAAACUCGGGGACUGAAAAUAUGGGGACAUGGCCGAGAAUGAUGUCGAGAAAUUCGUACACUUUGCCAAAGGAUGGGGGUGUUUCAUCAGGUUCCCGUGCCCCCACGGACAAAAAUUCACCUUCAACUAAUCAUUACCGAGAGACGUCGUCCUACUACGGGCAGUACAUGCCGAUGGGGGGAUCGGGUUCUGGGAAUAUGACGAGCAAUACUGUCUGCGUUCGACGACCCAGUAGUGGAAAGGAUCGCGUCCCUUUGUCCAACAUGUUGUGGGACUUGCAACCUCCUCAUCCUUCAAAAAGUGUGGGGGCCAUCUCCAUGGGUGGAGGUGGUGGUGGUGGGGGGAUGAAUAACUACGGAUAUAAUACCAAAAGUCUUACCCUUGCUGGUCAUACUCGUCCUGGAAGUGGGGGGUUCCUUCUGGAUAACCACGGACUCCCGACACCCGGUUCUAUGCCACAUUAUCGAUAUUCUUUCGGAGUAUUUGAUCCAACCCCGUCGUCGUCAAAGUUGGGGAAGGGGCCAGAACGUAACAGCGUAGUCCCCGCAAUAUCGGACGGUUCCAGUAUUGACUUUUCUGUGAAAUCCGGCAACAUGGAAAUCCUAGAGUAUUACGUAAAUAAACGACAAAUGGUCAAGCACCAGAACAACAGUAGUGAAAGUGAUCACUUGGACAAAGUUGUGAUGCCACCAUCCUUGGGGAUGGGAAAUACUGCGAAAAGUAACACAAUGUCAAAUCUUAUCGGAGGACACUCUUCUAUUCCGUCCAACGUUAGCGGAACAAGCACACUGGACGGCCGCUACCACAACAAUCCCUACUCCUCUCCUUACGCGGGACACUAUCACGAACUUCUCGGAGGAGGAGGACCAACCAUGUCAUCUUCAAAUAGUGGAACGUUACCCCUCUCAAUUCCUAAACCUUCAAACUCUAGCUACGCGUUUGAACCCUCCUCCCUCCACUACAGUCAUUCACACGGAAAUAAAGAGUCUUCAAUGUCCAUGUCGCACGGUUCUUCGAGCGGUACCCGACUCAAUUUUAGGAAUUCGGACGAUCUGCUGUUACAACCAAGCUACCAAAUUGAACCGUCGGGCACAUUCCCUCGAAACCGAGAACCCCACAGGAUUCGGAUUCCUUCCAACCAAAGUAGUAGAAGUUCCACGGAGAAGGUUGACCUGCGCAAUAGUCCGAUGCCCACAUAUCACAUUCAGGCUGGUCCAAAGCGUAGAAUAACGGUAUUGGAUCCUGGCGCUGGUUCUGCGGGUGCUGGUGAAUACGGAAUUUGGCCCAGAAAACCUGCACCUGGGGAAUUGCGAAUGAUUAGGAUCGACAAGUACGACAAAUCUACAGAAUUUCUUGGAAUCCAGAUAUCCUGCAACGCCAACGGUGGAGGCGUCUUCGUCUCCCACGUGACAGAUAACUCGCUCGCGUCACAAGUCGGGUUACAAAUUGGGGAUCAAUUACUCGAAGUUUGUGGAAUUAAUAUGCGAAUAGCUACGUACGACUUGGCCGCUAAAGUGUUACGCGAGUCGGGAGAUCCUCUCACUCUACUUGUGCAAUACACACCGGAGAAAUAUUGCGUUCAUGAUAACGACCGAGCAACCAGUUCCGAAGAGGAUGAAGACGGUGAAUCCUCCUCCUCUCCAGAUAACGAUGAUCACAACUCCUCCACCACUGACUCCAGGUCAGGCUCCCGUUCCGGCUCUCCUACCCCAUGCAACUCUCCUCAGUCAACUUUAGUCAGAAAUUCUAAAAAGAACUCGAGCGUUCAGCAUAAACACUCCUUGUCCGCGAGCAAUGCGACGGAUCGUUCCUUGCCAAAAAAGUCAAGUGGCCACUCAAGUGCAAACAAUAGCCUUCCCAAAAGUAAAAACAGUCAGCAAUCUUCAACUCAAUCGAAUGGACUCAGUCAGGCACAACAGCAACAAAUUAAACAAGCGUUUGCACUGUCUGGAGUGACGCAGGAUCGUGGAGAUCGUGGUGGCGGCGGAGGAGAUCGUGGUGACCGUGACCCUCCGUCUGAACAGUCGACCUUGCGAUCGACGAGAAGUAGUGGAGGGGCCAGCAGUGCGGUUGGCGUGGGAGGAGCUGAUGGCGGAGAAGGGAAAAUGCUAUUACAAGACCAGACGCGCUUUCUCACUCUGCAACUUAUGAAAAACUCGUCAAAUUUGGGAAUUUGUUUAGUUGGUGGAAAUUUGGUUGGGAUUUACGUUCAUAGCGUGCAAACAGACUCUGUCGCAGAUCGGGCCGGUUUGAGGACUGGGGAUCAAAUUAAGGAAUAUAAUGGAACCGACUUGCGUCACGCGACGGCAGAAGAGGCUGCUUUUGAACUGGCCAAACCGUUAAACAAAGUUGGAAUUUUAGUGCAAUAUAAUCUACAAAGAUACAAUGACGUCAAGGAUAAACCUGGGGAUGGGUUUUACAUCCGAGCCCUAUUCGACUAUCCAGCAUUAUCCAGUGAUCAUCACCACCAAGCUAGUAGUGUUGACCCACAACAGUUGACCUUCUUAAAGGAUGAGAUUCUGUACGUGGACAAUACAAUGUACAAUGGAAAACCUGGUCGAUGGAGAGCGUGGAAAGUCGAUGCCGAAGGUCACACCAGAGUUUGGGGAAUAAUUCCGUCAAAAUACAAGGUGGAGGAGGACAUGUUAUUUAAACGAAGUCUUGGCGAUCUGGACGGCGAUCGAAGAAGCUCUACAGUCACGCGACGAAGCUUUUUCCGAAGAAAAUCCCACCAUCGAAGUUCGUCUCGCGAAUUGGCCUCAUUUUCCGACUUUUCCAUCAAUUCUUACGGAGACUUGGCCGGUCAGCAUGGCCUUCCCAUGAAAGAUGAUAGCAUCCUCCCACUCACAUCUUAUCAACGGGUGGAGCGAUUAGAUUGUCUGUCACGAAAUGGAAAAAUGGAUAUGAACUUUCUUCGCCCCGUAAUUUUGGUGGGUGCUCUCAGCGAUCUGAUUGCAGAACGAUUAGUCCAAGAUUUUCCAUACCAAUUCGCCAAAGUAAUACCUGAAUUUAUGCGUUGCGACGGUCCAAUGCUGCAGGAUGGGCUGACCAAAAAUCUUUUUCUGGACAAGAUGAACGAGAAUAAGAUUGUGGACUACAAACGGAAAGGAUCACAUUAUGAGUGUGUCACAAUGACUGCUAUUCAUGAAGUUCGUUCAAAGAAACUAUACUGCAUCAUGGACAUCAGCACGUCUGGAGUCGAGCGUCUCCUCCAAUCGCAAAUGUAUCCUAUCGUCUUACUCAUCAAAUUCAAGAACCCGAAGCAAAUACGAGAAAUUAAAGACUUGAGCAUCAAAGACUUGCGAUGCGAUAAGAUAUCACAAAAGGCAGCUAAAGAGUUGUACGAACACUCGCUUAAAGUUGAGAAUGAGUACAAGCACGUGAUCACAGCGUGCGUCCCUGGCGGAACAAACAUUUCAUAUUUGGCAACCCAAGCCAAGACCGCGGUUGAGAAAGAACAAUCAAAAACCUUAUGGGUCCCAAUCUAAAGUUUUAAAAUGUACAAUCUCUCCACCGGCCAUACAAACAAACAAACUAUCGGACUAUGUACCUACUACACACCUAUGCACAAAAACUGAUUCAGCAACACAGCUUGGCAGCUCUGCAGACGUUCGUAAACUUCGUAACGCAAUUUUCUUGACACCCACCAACCCCCCUUGAACAUGUGUCACAAAGGCACGGACCACCACCCACUCCUGCAUUAUCAAGUUUACGAACGUCCCCACAUGUAUCACUAUUAAAUAUUAUUACCAAAGAUGAAUGGAAAAUCAUUAGACUUUUACUUUACCUGAAUGUAUUAUAUGUAGAAAUAACGCAAAACCAAUCUAAUAAUGCUUAACUUGCUCAUUGUAAUAAUCCAUGAAAAACAAUCUCCCCAUAAGUAAGCACAGCACUCGUUUCCCCCCGUUUGAAUUGACUCAGCCAACUGUAACUUUCAAGCUCACGAUGGACUAACUAAUACAAUAAUUAUUUAUCCUAAAUAUUACACGCCUCAAUGCAAACCUGUAUAAAUUCUGCACAAUUUAGGAAGAACGAGCUCAGUAUUUCAUCUAAAUAGAAAUCGACCUGUUAUUUACUAUGCAAAAAACCGUGAAUGUAUGUAUGUAUAAAAAAGAUAGCAAUAGGAGCUGUACUAGCCAUAUCCAUUGAACAAUAAUCAUGUAGAAAUUACUAUGAACAAAAAGACCUUUUCGUCGACCUAAUCUAUACAUUUGACCUAAUAAAUAAUGACCUAUGCAAUAAUCUUACAUUGUUCAACUAUGCAAAACCAAAUUGAAAUUGAAUAAAUACAACGCGAAAGCUUACAUAAAUAUUCAUGA